GAGUGUGAUCUGCCACAUACAGGAACAUAUGAGUAAAGAGAACCUUUGAAAGGAACAAACUACUUCACAGUCUUUCUAGGUCACCAUAGCGUCUGAGCUGAAGCAGAGCUGUGUGGAAAUGGACAACCUGCAGGAGUUGAUCCCCUUUGCCAAAGAGAUGCUGAGUCAGAAACCCAACCGGGGUCUGCUGAAGGUCUACCUGGUGGGCUCUGUGAUUGCCGUGCUGGGGACGGUCAUCUGCCUGGUGGAAACCGUGUGUCACCCUUUCUGCUCUGACGAGCCGCUGGACGCUGAGAUGCUCCUCAUGUUAGCCAAGGAGAGGAGAACUGUUGAGGCCGAUGUGCAGCACAAAGUGGAGGGAAAGGAUGAGGAGGAGGAGGAGGAGGAGAAGAAGGAGAAGAAGGAGCAGGCUUGGGAAAACGGUGCAACAACCCUGACUUUCUCCAAGACUCACAAAGUCAGCCAAAGGAGCAUCUCCAACAGACUGCACGCCUCCUAAAGCCAACGGGGUCGACCCCCCCGAAAGACUCCAUAUAUUUAUUAGGGAACUG